ACAACAUAUAGAGUUGAGAGAGUCUCUCUCCUCGGGUGCUGAGAGGUCUGCAUCAGGCAAUAACAACAUAUAGAGUUGAGAGAGUCAGAGAGUCUCUCUCCUCGGGUGCUGAGAGGUCUGCAUCAGGCAACAACAACAUAUAGAGUUGAGAGAGUCAGAGAGUCUCUCUCCUCGGGUGCUUAGAGGCCUGCAUCAGGCAAUAACAACAUAUAGAGUUGAGAGAGUCAGAGAGUCUCUCUCCUCGGGUGCUGAGAGGUCUGUAUCAGGCAAUAACAUCAUUUAGCUGGCGGGUGUCCCGGAGUUGAGAGAGAACUUGGGGAAAUACAAUGGCUCAAUUACACUUGACAUGUGGACUGACGAUUUUAGAAAAAUAGGUACGGCAACCUUUUGGUUUCUCUCUCUCUCUAAAAACAGAAAUAAAUCAUUGUGUAGAUAACUACCUGUCUUUAUGUACUACAGUGGGAGAGUGAUAGCCCCUCUAUAGAAGGGGCAGCAGCAUACCACCCUGCAUACCACUGCUGGCUUGAAGAGAGUAGGGGUGUUAACCCUGGGCACGGCCGCCUUUUGGUUUCUCUCCGUCUAAAAACAGAAAUAAAUCAUUCUAAAUAACUACCUGUCUUUAUGUACCACGGUGGGAGAGUGAUAGCCCCUCUAUAGAAAGUGAGUUUCUGAAACACAGAGUCCUUCUCUACUGAGGAGAAGAAGAGGCUGAAUGAAAGAAGGCACAGCGAGGAUAGGGGAGGGGGAACAGUUUGCCCAUAUUUUCAAGACCUGAGCUAGUUAAUUUAUUUAAUUAAUGAAAUGUACUAGUUUAUUUAGGCAAUUUUAAUAUUCAUCGAGGUCCGGCCUAUUUAGUAGGCUAUUUACAGCAACAUCUAUAUUUGUCAUCAUAAAGCUGAGUGACCCAGCUCAUUUCUGGCUUUGGAUCAAAAUAAGUACCAACUUGGUCAAAACAUUUCUAUAUUGAAGACUACUCUGCUCAUAUUGGUUGUGUUCAAUUAUUUGUGGAGUCGUCAUGGUUACAAUGAAGAAUGGAAUCCAAAUAUAUCCAAUCAUAUUCAUACUGAAUAAUUAGAUGUGUGUCACAAGGUUGUCAUUGUUCCUUUUUUUUAAAUGUUGCCUGCCUUUUAUUUUGUGGUCGUGGUGUGUGUGUGUGUGUGUGUGUCUGUGUGUGUGUGUGUGUGUGUGUGUGUGUGUGUGUGUGUGUGUGUGUGUGGUGUCUGUGUGUCUGUGUGUGGUGUCUGUGUGUGGUGUCUGUGUGCUUGUGUGUGUGUGCUUGUGUGUGUGGUGUGUCUGUGUGUGUGUGUCUGUGUGUGUGUCUGUGGUGUGUGUGUGCAGGGCGGAUCGGGCAGCGGAGGGGCCGUCGUUCAGCGGGUGUAAGUGUUUCUCUCGGACUAAAGGACACGGCUUCAUCACACCAGCCGAUGGAGGCAGCGACAUCUUUGUCCACAUCUCAGAGUAAGACGGGGAAUACGUGCCAAUGGAAGGAGAUGAGGUGAGCUAUAAGGUGUGCUCCAUCCCUCCCAAGUACCAGAAGAUCCAGGCGGUGGACGUCACCAUCACCCACCUCAACCCAGGAUCGAAGCACGAGACCUGGGGCGGGCGUUGCUCAGCUCCUCCUGAGUCCCGGAGGUUUCUGGAGGGGAGAAAUGGCAACAGGGAAAGGGUCCUUUUCCCGAAGGGACAUAUGGGUUAAUGCUUGUUGUGGGAGGAAAUGGAAAGGUUGGUAUUUGAAUAGAGAAGACGUGUAUCAUUAGACGGGAAGGUUAAUUAAAUAAAGCUGCAUCGCUUCAACAAGA